CGCCAAACCGCCGCCUUUUCCCCACCAUUCCCCGUUCCGCCCCCCUGUGGUCUUCUCGGCGUGCGUAUCCCCUGCAUCCCUCUCUUCUUCUCGCGACCUCCCCCAACACAUCUAGACACCCAUGGACAUCUCGGCCGCUCUCCUCAACACUCAGAGCCCCGAUCUGCAGCUACGCAAGCAGGCGGAGGAGUUCCUGAACAAUGCGCUGCAACAGCAGAUGGGCCAGUUCAUGGUGACGCUCGUGCAGGCUCUGGCCUCGGAGGAGUUCGCCGUGGUGGGCCGCCAAGCCGCCGGCCUGUACCUCAAGAACGUGCUGGACGCCAAGGACGACGCUCUACAGCAGCAGAAGAUCAACGCCUGGAUGGCCAUGGACGCGGCCCUCCGUACCCAGAUCAAGGACGGUUCUCUUGGCGUGCUACAGUCUAGCGACCCCGUGGCUCGCCACACGAGCGCCCAGUUGGUGGCUAAGAUCGGUAGCAUCGAGCUGCCACAGAAAGAGUGGCCGACUCUGCUGGAGUCCCUACUGCAGAACGUGACGAGCGGUAGCGAAGGCUGCAUCCACGCCACGCUUGAAUGCUUGGGCUACCUCUGUGACGAGCUGGAGGAAGGUGCCAUCGAUGAACAGGACACGAACCGCAUCCUCACAGCCAUCGUGGACGGUAUCCGGGCCGACCGCCCGCCGGCCAUCCGUCUCGCUGCCGUGACGGCCCUGCGCAACAGUCUGGAGUUCGUUAGUGAGAACUUUAAGCGGAAACAGGAGCGCGACCACCUCAUGCAGAAGAUCUGCGAGGCCACACAGUCCCCGGACCUACGUACUCGCGUGGUGGCUUACGAGUGCAUUGCUGCCAUCGCUACGAUGUACUACGAGUACCUGGCCGAGUACAUGGAGACGUUGUGCAAGCUGACAUUCAACGCCAUUACGAGCGACCAGGACGAGGUGGGCCUGCAGUCGCUCGAGUUCUGGUCGUCUAUGUGCGACGUAGAGCUGGAUCUGAUCGAGGAGAUGAACUACGCGCAGCUGGAGAACCGCACCGACUACAUCCCGUGCAAUUACUACGUGCAGACUGUGUUGAACACGCUCAUCCCUCUCCUGACUGAGACGCUGAAGAAACAGGAAGACGAUCAGGAUGAGGACUCGUGGAACUUGUCGAUGGCUGCCGCUACAUGUCUGGCCCUGGUGGCUCAGGUGGUUGGUGAUGCCUGUGUGGACCUCACCAUGGCUUUCAUCACGCAGAAUAUCGAGAGCAACGAGUGGCGCCCCAAGGAGGCUGCUAUCAUGGCGUUUGGCUCAAUUCUGGAUGGCCCAGACUCGGCUAAGAUCGCUCCGCUUGUGCGCCAGGCGCUGGGAUUCCUCAUGGGCUGCAUGAAGUUUGACAACAUUCUGGUGCGUGACACGACGGCCUGGACGCUUGGCCGUAUCUGUGAGCUGCACUGCGGCUGCAUCAGCGGCGAGAUGCUGCCUGGUCUCAUGCAGCUACUGCUUGAAGGUCUGGAUCAGGAGCCACGUGUUUCGCACAACGUUUGCUACGCUAUCCACAACAUCGUCAAGGCUUUUGAGGAGUCGGAGGCUGCUGCACACAUGCUGACCCCGUACUUCAAAACGCUGUUCGACAAGCUGCUUGAGACCAGUAACCGCCCGAACGCCACGGAGAGUAACCUGCGCGGAUCUGCGUACGAGGCUCUGAACGUGCUGGUGCAGGCUGGUGCUGACGAGGUGAAUGAGCACAUUAUGCUUCGUCUGCCUGUGGUGCUGGAGCGCCUGGAGCAGAGCAUUAAGGCGUUGAUCGAGAACCCGAACAGCCUCCACGACGACCAGGCUGGUCUGCAGGCACUGCUGUGUGGCGUCCUGAUUGCUGCCAUCCAGAAGUUGAACACUGACAUUGAGCCGCUGGCGGACCGUAUCAUGCAGGCCCUGCUGCAGGUGUUCUCUACUCGCAAUGCUGCUGCUGCCGAAGAGGCGUUUAUGGCUGCUGGUGCCUUGGCUAACGUUGUUGGCCCCAAGUUCGAGGUGUAUAUGCAGUACUUUGGCCCGGUCGUGCUGAUGGGUCUGAAGAACAGCGAGGAGUACAUGGUUUGCAGUGUUGCGGUGGGCGUCGUCGGCGAUCUUUGCCGUGCUCUGGAGAGCAAGAUCAUGCCGCUGUGUGAUGAAAUUGUGGCUGCCCUGAUUGAGAUUCUGAAGAACCCGAUGCUAAACCGCUCGGUGAAGCCGCCGGUUCUGUCAUGCUUCGGUGAUAUUGCGCUUGCUAUUGAGGGCGAGUACGAGCGCUACGCGGUGUCUUCGCUGCAGAUGAUUCUACAGGCGGCUGGUGCGUGUGGAUCUAUUGCGACGGACGACGAAGAAGUGGUGGAGUACAUGAACCAGCUGCGCGAGAGCGUGCUGGAGGCGCUGACGGGUAUUGUUCAGGGCCUUGGCGCGGCCAACAAGGCUUCUAUGCUGCUGGAGUGCGCGCCGCAGAUUGGAGCUUUCCUGGCUACGCUGGCGAACGACCUCUCGACGCGAUCGGACGCGGUGACGACUGGCGCGGUGGGCCUUAUUGGCGACAUGGGCCAGGCGAUGGGCAAGGCUGUGGAGACGCUGUUCCACCAGCAGUUUGUGGUUCAGCUCGUGACGGAGUGCGCUAACAACGCACAGAACCCUCAGGCGCAGCAGUUGGCGGCGUGGACGCAGAAGGUGAUCAUGGAUCUCCAGGCGAACUAAGCUUUAGUGGACAUCGGCUUUCGGUUUUUCUCCUACUCGUCUUAGCUGUUUGCCUUCUGCGAACAGAGAAGCGAGUGGAUGGUGGAACUGAGUUGUGUGCGAGCCAAGCUUCAGUGGACCUGCAGGCUACUGUAAGUUGGCAGCGAAUUUCUUGUCGUCUCGACUUGCUUUUUGCUGGUUGCCUUCUGCAACUGCAAAAGCGAGUGGGGAAUGAUGGGUAGUUUGCUGGUCUGACGUGCACGUCGGUUUUCCUGCAUGGUAGGAAUGCUUCGUGUGGCAUACUGAUACUUAUUUAUCGGGAGUGUUUAGCUGGCUGGAGACAGCGGGUACAGUGCACUCGACAGAAUGGCUUGUUGGGUGCCUACGUGGGCAUCUGUGUGCUUGUUCUCCCCGACUGGGAGGACAGGUGCAAGGCAGAUUGUUCACCAAGCGCUCGCGUGUCAGUCAGUAGGAAACUUAGUUUUCUUAUUCAUAGAAUACUAUCGUGAGGACGGGACGACAGACCCAGCUGCAUGACGUAGCUGGCCUGCUUGACUGCCUUGCCGAUUUUUUCCCAUUUACAGUCUUCGAUUUCAUCCACCUUUAUUAAAAUUAAUUGGCC